CUUACUGCGGUGAACGUAAAGCAAGGCUUCAGCAAUCAACCUGCUUUCUCUGGAGAUGAGCAUGGAUCUGCUAGAAACAUUGUCAUUAAUGCCUCAAAGAUUGGCGCUUACUUUAGCAGCAUAUUAGCGGAAAAGCUAAAACUUAACACUUUCCAGGACACAGGAAAGAAGAAGCCACAAGAAACUGCCAAAGACAACUACUGGCUGGUUACUGCUCGGUCUCAGAGUGCAAUUCACAACUGGUUCACAGAUUUAGCUGGAAAUAAACCACUGACCAUUUUAGCAAAAAAGGUUCCUAUUCUCAGUAAAAAAGAAGAUGUUUUUGCUUACUUAGCAAAAUAUUCUGUGCCGCUGCUACGAGCAGCAUGGCUGAUCAAGAUGACAUGUGCCUACUACGCUGCUAUUUCUGAAGCUAAAAUCAAGAAACGCCAGGCUACCGAUCCAAAUAUCGAAUGGACGCAAAUUAUUACCAGAUACCUUCGAGAGCAACUGGCAAAGGUUGCGGAGUUUUAUCAUGCAACUUUUGGCCAAGGCAACAGCUCUGUAGUGAUGCCUCAGGAGAUGGAACAAGCCCUGAAGCAGUGGGAAUAUAAUGAAAAACUGUCAUUUUAUAUGUUUCAGGAAGGAAUGCUUGAGAGACAUGAGUAUUUGACAUGGAUACUGGAUGUUUUGGAAAAAAUCAGACCUACAGAUGACGAUCUCCUUAAGCUGUUGUUGCCACUAAUGCUACAGUACUCGGAGGAAUUUGUUCAGUCAGCUUAUCUGUCCCGUCGCCUUGCUUAUUUCUGUGCCAGACGCCUAUCUUUACUGCUAGGCGAUGGUCCUAACCUUGUAGCUGCACAUUCUCCUCAUAUGAUUAUUGGACCAAACAACCCUCCUUUAGCAGCCCCAAGUCCGACUGCACCUGGUCCUGUGGUGAGCCCGGUACAGCUAGCCUGUUCAGAUUUCCUCUCCUGCCCACAACAUCGUCCGCUGGUUUAUGGACUUAGUUGUAUGCUGCAGACUGUAACUCUUUGUUGCCCAAGUGCCUUGGUGUGGAAUUAUUCCACAAAUGAAAAUAAGAACAUUAAUCCAGGCUCGCCUCUGGAUUUACUUCAAGUGGCUCCAUCUAGUUUACCUAUGCCAGGUGGAAAUUCAGCAUUUAAUCAGCAGGUUCGGGCAAAGAUUUAUGAAGUGGAACAGCAGAUAAAACAAAGAGGUCGUGCUGUGGAGGUGCGGUGGUCUUUUGACAAGUGCCAAGAAUCAACUGCAGGGGUGACCAUCAGCAGAGUUUUACACACCUUAGAAGUGUUGGAUCGACACUGUUUUGACAGAUCGGAUUCCAGUAACUCAAUGGAGACGCUUUAUCACAAGAUUUUCUGGGCAAACCAGAACAAAGAUAACCAAGAGGUAGCCCCGAAUGACGAAGCUGUGGUAAUGCUGCUUUGCGAAUGGGCUGUGAGUUGUAAGAGGUCUGGUAAACACAGGGCCAUGGCAGUAGCCAAACUCCUGGAGAAGAGGCAAGCAGAAAUCGAGGCAGAGAGAUGUGGUGAAUCUGAAGUCCUAGAUGAAAAGGAAUCCAUAUCAUCAGCCUCUUUGACGAGUUCCAGUCUUCCCAUUUUCCAGAAUGUCCUGCUAAGGUUUUUAGAUACACAAGCUCCCUCAUUAUCUGACCCAAACAGCGACCAUGAGAAGACAGAGUUUGUGAAUCUGGUGCUGCUGUUUUCUGAAUUCAUUCGACAUGAUGUUUUUUCCCAUGAUGCAUACAUGUGCACUUUAAUAUCGCGUGGAGACUUGUCAAUCACUGCAACUACUAGACCGCGUUCACCUAAUGGGGAAACUGCGGAUGAACCUUAUUCUAAGGAUCAUGAUGUGAAAUUGGAGAUUUUUUCUCCGAUGCCUGGAGAGUCUUGUGAGAAUGUGAACUCUUCUUUAGACAGAAGAAUUUCAGUUACCAGUGAGAAGUCAGUCAAGAGAGAAAGACUGAGAGAACUGAUUUUUCCAUCCAAUUAUGACCUCCUUCGCCAUUUGCAAUAUGCGACACACUUCCCUAUACCUCUGGAUGAGUCCUCCAGUCAUGAAUGUAACCAGCGCAUGAUUCUUCUUUAUGGUGUUGGUAAAGAGCGUGAUGAAGCAAGGCAUCAGCUGAAGAAGAUUACCAAAGAUAUCCUGAAAAUUCUGAAUAAGAAGAGUACGACUGAAACGGGUGUUGGGGAUGAAGGGCAAAAAGCCAGGAAGAACAAACAAGAAGCAUUUCCAACCCUAGAGACUGUGUUCACAAAACUACAGCAACUGUCAUAUUUUGAUCAACAUCAGGUGACAUCUCAGAUCUCCAGUAAUGUUCUCGAACAGAUAACUAGUUUUGCGUCAGGAACAUCGUAUCAUCUUCCCUUGGCUCACCAUAUACAGCUUAUCUUUGAUCUCAUGGAACCAGCGCUGAAUAUCAAUGGACUUAUCGACUUUGCAAUCCAGCUGUUAAAUGAACUGAGCGUUGUGGAAGCAGAACUGCUUCUGAAAUCCUCCAGCCUGGCAGGAAGUUACACAACAGGCCUGUGCGUGUGCAUUGUUGCUGUGCUGCGGCGUUACCAUGCCUGCCUGAUUCUGAACUUGGAGCAAGCUGCACAAGUCUUUGAAGGGUUAUGCGGCGUGGUUAAGCACGUUGUUAACCCUUCAGAGUGUUCUUCCCCAGAAAGGUGCAUCCUGGCUUACCUCUAUGAUCUGUAUGUGUCCUGUAGUCACCUACGAAGCAAAUUUGGAGACCUUUUCAGUAGUGCCUGUUCUAAAGUGAAGCAAACAAUAUACAGCAAUGUUCAGCCUUCCAAUUCCAAUUUACUGUGGGACCCAGAGUUCAUGCUGGAUUUUAUCGAGAAUCCUUCUGCUCACAGCAUUAACUACUCCAUGCUAGGCAAGAUCCUGAGCGAUAAUGCAGCCAAUCGCUACAGCUUUGUCUGUAAUGCACUAAUGAAUGUGUGUAUGGGACACCAAGAUGCAGGAAGAAUUAACGACAUAGCAAACCUUUGUGCAGAGCUGACGGCGUGCUGCACGGUGCUGAGCUCAGAGUGGUUAGGGGUUGUAAAAGCUCUUUGCUGCUCUUCAAAUCAUGUCUGGGGUUUCAAUGAUCUGCUCUGUAGCGUGGAUGUGAGUGACCUGUCAUUCCAUGAUUCCCUGGCCACUUUCAUUGCUAUACUGAUUGCCCGGCAGUGCUUUUCUCUGGAAGAUGUAGUUCAGCAUGUUGCGCUGCCUUCUCUUCUUGCAGCUGCCUGUGGAGAUCCGGAUGCUGAACCUGGGGCAAGGAUGACCUGUCGGCUCCUCCUUCACCUCUUUAGGACACCCCAAGUCUGCCUCUUUCCCCAGGGAUCAGGGAAAUCAUUUCCUGGAAUUCGUUCUUCUUGUGAUCGUCACCUUUUGGCCGCUGCUCAUAACAGCAUUGAAGUGGGAGCUGUGUUUGCAGUCUUAAAAGCAAUUUUGAUGCUUGGGGAUGCUGAAAUUGGCAGCAGCAGUGUUAACUCCUUGAAGAGUGAGGACUUCACUAUGAGAGGCUUGUUAGAUGAACUUAAUGAGGAUGAACUUUGGGGUUCCUCGCACACAUUGAAAUCAUGUGGAAAAGCUGUUUCCAUAGAAACCGCUAGUUUAAGCGAGUAUGCUAGAUAUGUGCUAAGAACGAUUUGCCAGCAGGAAUGGGUUGGAGAGCAUUGCUUAAAAGAACCUGAGAGACUGUGCACAGACAAAGAUCUUAUUUUGGAUCCUGUUCUUUCAAACAAGCAAGCACAGAAACUACUUCAACUUAUCUGUUAUCCUCAUGGUAUUAAAGAAUGCAACGAGGGUGACAACCCUCAGAGGCAGCACAUCAAACGCAUACUUCAGAACUUGGAUCAGUGGACUCUCCGGCAGUCUUGGUUGGAGCUGCAGCUAAUGAUCAAGCAGUGCAUGAAAGAGCCUGGUUCUGGGUCUGUGGCUGAAAUGAACAGCUUGUUGGAUAAUAUUGCAAAGGCGACAAUAGAGGUGUUUCAGCAAUCCGCUGAUCUAAACAAUAACUCUUCUAACUCUGGUAUAGGCCUCUUCAAUCCAAACUCUGUUGGAAAUGCUGACACAAGUAAUACAAGACAGAAUGGUAAAAAGACAUUCCUAAGUUCCUCUGAACGCCGAGGAGUGUGGCUAGUGGCUCCCUUGAUUGCAAAACUGCCUACCUCAGUUCAAGGUAGGGUCUUGAAAGCUGCAGGAGAGGAGCUGGAGAAAGGCCAGCAUUUGGGGUCAUCUUCUAAGAAGGAAAGAGACAGACAGAAACAAAAAAGCAUGUCUCUUUUGAGUCAGCAACCUUUCCUUUCUUUGGUACUUACUUGCCUUAAGGGACAGGAUGAGCAACGGGAAGGGCUUCUAACAUCACUGCAGAAUCAAGUUAAUCAGAUCCUUAGCAAUUGGAGAGAGGAGCGAUACCAGGAUGAUGUUAAAGCUAGACAAAUGAUGCACGAAGCCUUACAACUUCGUCUUAAUUUGGUAGGUGGGAUGUUUGAUACAGUGCAGAGAAGUACCCAGUGGACCACAGACUGGGCACUUCUGCUCCUUCAGAUAAUUACUUCAGGAACUGUUGAUAUGCAGACCAACAAUGAACUAUUCACAACAGUGCUUGAUAUGCUGGGUGUCCUGAUCAAUGGGACGCUAGCCUCGGACUUAUCAAACGCUUCCCAAGGAGGGCCUGAAGAAAACAAAAGAGCUUACAUGAAUUUAGUGAAAAAAUUAAAAAAAGAGCUGGGAGACAAGCGUUCAGAAAGCAUUGACAAGGUUCGCCAGCUGCUCCCUCUGCCAAAGCAGACGUGUGACAUUAUUACUUGUGAGCCAAUGGGAUCCUUGAUCGACACCAAGGGGAACAAAAUUGCAGGAUUCGACUCCAUUGAUAAGAAACAGGGUCUCCAGGUUUCGACAAAACAAAAGGUGUCCCCUUGGGAUUUAUUUGAAGGUCAUAAAAAUCCUGCUCCUCUCUCCUGGGCCUGGUUUGGUACCGUUCGUGUUGAUAGGAAAGUGAUAAAAUACGAGGAGCAGCAGCAUCUCCUCCUGUACCACAUGCACCCAAAACCCAAGCCACGGAGUUACUACCUCGAGCCCUUGCCCCUUCCUCCAGAGGAGGAGGAGGAAGAGCCUACCACACCUGUCUCUCAGGAACCAGAACGGAAGUCAGCAGAGCUCUCGGAUCAGGGAAAACACACCACAGAUGAUGAGAAGAAAACAAAAGGCAGGAAGAGAAAGUCAAAGUCAAGCUCAAGGGCUGACGAAUACCCCCAGACCGCUUUAUACAGAGUGCCUCCCAGUUAUUCACCGAUUUCCUCGCACGGGAUGCCCCAUGCCCCGGCUGCCCUGUGGGGCUACGGCGUCGUGGGGCAGGCGCAGGCGCAGCAGCCCGGCUUCUUUGGGCCCAGCCAGCCCCUCCCGCCCGGUGGUUCCAGGUUGGAUCCGACAGGCUCCUUUGUUCCAACUAACACAAAGCAAGCCCUGUCGAACAUGCUUCAGCGCCGCUCUGGCACCGUGAUGCAGCCGCCCUCCAUCCAUGCCAUCACGUCUCAGCAGCAGUUGCUCCAGAUGAAGCUCCUGCAGCAAGAGCAGCAGCAGCAGCAGCGACUUGCUGGAUUUAGGGUAGGAAACGCCAUGGGAAUGAACAGUCCUGAAGGCAGCAAUCGGAAAUUUAGGAACAAGGAGGUCUGUAGCAGUGCCGUGUCCCUUCAGGAUGCCUUUGACAGCAUAAUGGGUCAGCCAAUAGACCAAGCUGCUGUUUUCACUCCACAAGUUCGACCCUCUUCUCAGCUUCCACAGUACCCAGGGUUGCAGCAAGCACAGACCAUGCCUCAUGGAUACACCAUGUACGGCACGCAGAUGCCUUUGCCCCAGCAGCAGGCUGGCGGCGCAGUGCUUUCCCCCAGCUACGCCCCCAGGACGUACGCAGCAACUCACGCCAGUCCCGCGCUGAUGGAAAGACUGAGACAGAUGCAACAGCAGCCCAGCGGAUACAUUCAACAGCAGGCUGCUGCAUACGCUCAGCCUGUGACGGGCACGCAGCGAUUGACCCAUCAGCCGCUGCAGCAGAACUCUUUGGUCGCAGGGGGACUGGAUACUGUCUCAGCCACCGGUCCGCAUCCAAACCUUAACUCCGUGCCGCUGCCUCAGGAACAGAUGAGACAGAGACAGCAGCAGAUUCGACAGCAGAGGCUCUUUCAGUUGCAGCAGCAGCAGCAGGGCCAGCAGCAGGCGCUGGGUCUCCAGGCAGUGCAAGCACAGCAGCCCUUGUUUCCGAGGCAAGGCCUACAGCAGACGCAGCAGCAGCAGCAGACAGCUGCCCUGGUCAGACAGCUCCAGAAGCAGCUCUCCAGUAACCAGCCACAACAAGGAGUGAAUCAGUACGGGCAUCCUUCACACUUCUAAAUCAAAAAGAUGGAAACAAGACGUAGUGUUACGUUUGCACUGAAGAACAGAACAUUCAAAAUUCAAUGCACUAGUUAUUGCUAGAAAGCAAAUUUUAAUUUUCUUUUAUUAUUUCAGUAAUUAUUUUUUGUGCUGCAGUUGACGUGAAUAUGUAACGAGGUGGAUUUUUUGGGUUUGGGGAUUUUUUUUUUUGCAUUUAACUAGAUUAAAAUGUAUGGACUCGUGGGCCUGUUUGAAGAAUGUUGUUGCAGAUUUUAUGAAUUUGGUGCUUUUUAGGUCCUGUUACUUUUAAAGAGGACAAAGAAUGCUGGAUUUAUUUAUUUGUGGGAAACACUUUUUUUUUUUUUUUUUUUUAAAUGAACCGCACUGGACCAAACUACUGAAUUGAAGGCACUUCCGAUUUUGGCAUAAAAGUUGAUUUGUUCAUUAAAAUGUUCAGCCCUUGAUUUGAUGGUAGAACAAGCAUCAGUUUAAAUCAUGUUUAUUUGACUGUAAUUUUUCAUAUGCACUUUAUAAAGUUCUCUGUUUAAAGUACCAAUUUUCUCUUGCUCUCAUUGUGGUAAGAAGGUGCUGAAGUGGGUUUCUUGCUUGUAUUAGAAUUUCUUAAAGUUUAUAUUAAAAGCCACAAUGUAACAUUAAUAAACCUACUAGAAGUAGCAGUGUUUCAUAUUUGGUCGUCUUAAUAUAAAUUUCAUUGGCAAUCAAUUCUGGAAGAGUAAAAAUAUACUAACAAAGAUUGAAGGGUCCAAAUACGCUUUACUCUAACUUAUCUAGGGCAGUCUCUAAGUCCCGGUGAAGUCUAGCAGGAGUCUCUUCACUGACAUGGAGACAAAUCUCUGUUCAGUAAAAAAUCUCACACCGGGUUUCACAAAGUGCAGGUAGGAAAGCCACCAAAUUGCAUUCUGCAGUUUCAGCUCUGCUGUAGCUGAGCCUUGUGUACCGUGAAGUUGUCCUAAAUGAGUUGUUCUUGGCAUGUUUGUUUACUACUACUUUUU